AUGGAGCCGUCGACCAAGAAGAACAUGUGGCAGUCCCUUCGGGAGAACCCCAAGGUCCUGUUCAUUGCCUUCUUUGCAUCGCUUGGAGGUUUUGAGUAUGGUUACCAACAGGGUGUUCUUGGCCAGUCUCUGGUCAUGACCCGGUUCACUGAGAACUUUCCUUCUGUCGUCAAGUCCUCCUCAGCAACUGGCUGGCUUACUUCUAUCCUCCAGCUGGGAGGCAUUCUUGGGUCUCUCUCGGCUGGUGUUCUAGGCGAGCUCAUCUCCAGAAAGUACACCAUGUUUAUCGCUUGUUGCUGGGUUAUCCUUGGCAGUUACCUCUACGUCGGCGCAACUGCUGGUGCCCCAUCUCUUCUCUAUGCUGGACGAUUCUUUACCGGUGUCGGAGUCGGCCUCUUCAGCGGCGUCGGUCCUCUUUACAACGCUGAGCUCUCUGCUCCAGAGAUGCGAGGUCUCCUCGUCUCCUUCUACCAACUGGCAACUAUCCUGGGAAUCAUGCUCUCUUUCUGGGUUGGCUACGGCAGCAACUACAUUGGUGGAACCGGAGAAGGCCAAUCUGACCUCGCCUGGCGCCUCCCCUCGAUCAUCCAAGGCAUCCCCGCCGCGGCCCUCGCUGUCGGUAUCUGGUUUAUGCCUUUCUCCCCACGCUGGCUUGUCAAGGUCGGUCGUGAUGAAGAGGCUAGAUCCACCCUGGCAUGGAUGCGCAAGCUGCCAGAAGACCACGAAGACAUCCGGGUCGAAUUCCUCGAGAUCAAGGCCGAAGCUGUCUUUGAGCAAAAGGUUUUUGCUCGCGACUUUCCUCAUCUUGCGGAGAAGGGCAAGAGCCGCUUCAUGCAGCAGGUGGCUCAGUAUGUGACUUGCUUCAGGAGUAUUGAUAACUUGAAGCGUGUCUGCACGGCUUGGCUGGUCAUGUUCUUCCAGCAGUGGUCUGGAAUUGACGCCAUUAUCUACUAUGCCUCGAAUGUCUUUAUCAGCCUUGGACUCACUGGUGGAACUAUUGCCCUGCUGGCAACUGGAGUCACUGGUGUCGUCUUCCUCAUCAGCACCAUUCCUGCCAUGUUGAUCAUUGAUCGGGUUGGUCGCAAGCCUCUCCUGCAGAUCGGCUCCGUCGUCAUGGGCGCCAGCAUGGUCACUGUCGGCGUCAUUGUAGCCAAGUUCCGACACGACUGGCCUUCUCACGUUGCAGCCGGCUGGUCAGCCGUGGCCCUAAUCUGGGUCUAUAUUGCUGGAUUUGGUGCUACAUGGGGCCCUGUUUCUUGGACGCUUGUGUCUGAGAUCUUCCCUCUGUCCAUCCGAGCCAAGGGAGCCUCCAUCGGUGCAUCCAGUAACUGGGUCAACAACUUUGCCAUCGCCUUCUUUGUGCCUCCUAUGCUGGAAGCCUGGGCAUGGGGAACCUAUAUCUUCUUUGCCGUUUUCUUGGCUGCUGGUAUCGUUUGGGUCUGGAUCUACCUUCCCGAGACCAAGAAUGCCACUCUUGAGGACAUGGACCGAGUCUUCAAGAGCCGCACGGGUGAGAUGGACGGUGUGCUUAUGAGGGAGGCUCAGGCCGAGGUUGGUCUGCUUGGUUUUGCUCAUGAGCGUAAGCUUUCUCAUGACAAGGAGGUUGAGAAGCAUGUCGAGGAGUUGUAA